CAAGAUGGCGCAAACGAUAUUUGAGGCAUUUGAAGGAAUGGAUAACCAGACGGUCCUAGCAGUUCAGUCCCUGCUGGAUGGGCAAGGUGGGGUAUCGGACCACGGUGCUCAGUCUGUCAACACUGCGGUCUCCAUACAGGGAAUGGACGACGAAGAUGUGUUUCUGUGCGGGAAAUGCAAGAAACAGUUUAACUCCUUGCCGGCGUUCAUGAUCCACAAGCGGGAGCAGUGUCAGGGGAACGCACCCUCUCUGGCGUCCGUUUCCAUGGGCAGUCACAGUGGGUACACCCCGCCGGUCAGCUCCAUCCAGCAGUCUCAGAUUAACAACAGACAGAUCUCCACAUACAUUGCUGUUCCGCCGUCGCCGCUCAUCCAGACUCUGGUGCAGGGCAGCGUGUUGGUGAAUGACGAGGUCCUGCUGUCUGCGAUGUCGGCACUCACCUCCUUGGAGCAGCCCAUGCACUCCAUCCCCGCUCCAGUCCAGAGUAACCUGAGUGUGCACACCAGUGGGACCUACCUCCACGCACCUUCCUUGCCACCCAGGCCACCGCAGCCACCUCCUGCUGCCCCUGGACAUGGCCAUUUGGGUGUCCCGGUGCAAGCCAACAGUAGCAGCUGCAGUACGGUGGUGCAGGUGUACAGCUCGCCCAUCAGCAUGCCAGGGAACCCGGGCAUGGAAAUCCAUAGCAUGGCGCCUUACACUCAGAUCGAGGUUCCCAGCCAGUGCGUGGAAAGCACCGUAUACAAUACUCCUCCGGUGUACAGCCCUGGAAAGCAAGGACUCAAAUCCAAAACUACGAGCAGCUGCUCCCCCUGCCCUGACCUUAAUGGGAGCAGCGUGGGAGCCCUGGAACCAGCACUUCCUAGCAAGGCUCGUCGACCCAAGUCUGACGGGGUUCAGAACGGAAAAAUCAAAUCUCCCAAGCUGAAAUGUACAUACUGCGACAAGGCGUUUGGGAAAAAUUUUGAUCUCCAGCAACACAUUAGAAGCCACACAGGCGAGAAACCUUUCCAGUGCAUUGUAUGUGGACGAGCCUUCGCUCAGAAAUCCAAUGUCAAGAAGCACAUGCAGACCCACAAAGUGUGGCCCAAAGCUCCAAAUCCCCAAGGCUCUGUGACUUUGCAAGUGGCCCCACUCAACGAUGGGCAGAGAGAGGAGGAUGGCGGGGAGAAUACUGCCCCCCCACAAACGCCACCAGAGGAAGCCCCCGCUCAAGGAGUAGACGCGACACAAAGCAACAUGGGUGAAGGGGCAAGUGACAAACAUAUGUUGGCAGUGGACAGCUCCUACCACUGCCAGUUCUGCGCCAACAAAUUUAACAGCUACUUCCAGCUCAAAUCCCACAUGACUCAACACAAGCAAGAACAGGUCUACAAAUGUGUAGUAAAAAGUUGUGGUCAUACAUCUCAGAAGCUGGACCAGUUCUUGGAGCACAUUAAAACCCACCAGGAGGAGAUGACCUAUCGAUGCCAUCUGUGUAACAAGGGUUAUACCUCUCUCUACGAGAUGGGUAUCCACCAGUAUUCUCACAGCAUGCUGCCCCAAAUCGCCCCCAAGAAGGAGUUGACCGUUUACAAGUGUCUGAAGUGCAUGAAUAAAUAUUCCACUCCUGAAGCACUGGAGCAGCAUCUGCAGACAGCCACCCACAGCUUUCCGUGUCCACAUUGCCAGAAGGUCUUCCCCUGUGAACGCUACUUACGGAGACAUCUACCCACGCAUGGCGGUGGGGGCCGCUAUAAGUGCCAAAUCUGCAAGAAGCUCUUCCGGAGAGAGCACUACCUGAAGCUUCACAAUCACAUCCACUCAGGUGAAAAGCCUUUCAGAUGCACUCUCUGUGAGUCCGCGUUUAAUCGGAAAGACAAGUUGAAGAGGCAUAUGUUGAUACAUGAACCCUACAAAAAGUACAAGUGUCCCUUUGUUUCUCACUCCGGCUGCUCCAAGGAAUUCAAUCGCCCCGACAAACUCAAAGCUCAUAUCCUCUCGCAUUCUGGAUUGAAGAUGCACAAGUGCCAGUACUGUGCCAAGUCUUUCAGCCGACGGGCCCAUAUGUUGGAGCACCAGCGCUGUCACACCGGCAAUUACCGAUACUGCUGCUCAAACUGCGGCAAGGGCUUUACGCGCCAGAAAUACAUGAAGGAGCACAAGUGCCGGCUGCAGCCCGACGAUGAGAAGGAACAGGCAAGAAAGGUUCAGAGAAGGAAAGGGAGAGGAAAGCAAGCUGAGGAGCCUGGGCCAGAAGAGACUGAGAACCUGGCUGAAAACAAUGCCCAACGUCUGGGUGAUACCGGAGACCACAGAAAAGAGCAGUUCCAGCAGCCCCCCAAUGCUCUGCUUUCCAUCGUGGUUAGUGGCGCUGGUGGCCCUAACGAGAACUUGACGGUGCAGCCCAUGGCGGACGGUAUGACCCCGAGCACUGUGACCCUGGCAGAGCUUCAGAGCGGGGCAGACACAUCAUGCUCCAUGCUAGAAGUACCUAUAUACAUCCAGAACCCGGAGUAGACACGGCUGAUCAGAUCUAAGAGGUGUCACAGUGUAUAGGAGGAACAAAACACACCGAGCGGGUCUCGGGAGAUGAUCGACGGUCCACUCCUUAUACAUACCGUCCGCUCUUAACCUGUCACUUAGCGGCUGGUUCA